CACUCACUCUUCAACAUGAGUACCUAAAAUAGCGCAUGAAAGCUCCACAUAUGUAUUAAUCGGAGCAUGAUCGUGGAUUGUUCUUAUAUGACACCACCGGGAGAGGUUUUGUAACACGUAUGAUUGUUUUGAAGGUGGAACGAAUUCGGACAUGGCCUCAUCUUUUCAUCUGCCGAGAAGCACCAGCACUAGAGACACGUUAGAAAACACGAGCAGCGAGUCUUCUGACAAUGAAACUGCAGAAAAGGAGCGAUCUGUCGAGCAGAGAAGUGACGAUGGAAACGCGGAUGACUCCAAGAAGAAGAAACAGAGGCGGCAGAGGACUCACUUCACCAGCCAGCAGCUGCAGGAGCUGGAAGCCACUUUCCAGAGGAACCGAUACCCGGACAUGAGCACCAGAGAGGAGAUCGCCGUGUGGACCCACCUCACAGAGGCCCGAGUCCGGGUCUGGUUCAAAAACCGAAGGGCGAAAUGGAGAAAGAGGGAGCGUAAUCAGCAGAUGGAUUUGUGUAAGAACAGUUAUCUGCCCCAGUUCAGCGGCUUAAUGCAGCCUUACGACGACGUCUAUCCGGCGUACACCUACAACAACUGGACCAACAAAGGACUGACUCCAACCCCACUGUCCACCAAGAACUUUACCUUCUUCAAUUCCAUGAGUCCUCUCACGUCCCAGUCUAUGUUCUCAGCCCCAAACUCCAUCUCGUCUAUGAGCAUGGCGUCCGGGAUGGGACACUCUGCCGUGCCCGGCAUGCCCGCGACGGGCCUGAAUAACAUCGGCAAUCUCAACGGCAUCGGCAGCGCCACGAUCAGUUCCGCCAUGAGUUCGUCCACAUGCCCCUACGGGCCUCCGGGCUCGCCGUACAGUGUGUACAGAGACACUUGUAACUCCAGCCUUGCGACGUUAAGACUGAAAUCCAAGCAGCAUCCGUCCUUUGGAUAUAGCGGCUUGCAGAGUCCCGGCUCUAGUCUGAACGCGUGCCAGUAUAAUAGCUGACGAAUUAAACAACCGUACUGGAUUAGGUGCAAUCGGCAUUUUCACACGAAUUAUGCGGAUUGUCUGUGUUUACCUGAACUUGCACAACAAUUUAAAUGUCCAUUUUUGAGGAUUUCAGCGUUAUGAAGACAGAUACAUUCACACAUUGUACAUAUGUUAUAAGGUGGAACGAUGGAACAACAUUUGAAAACGAUUCAGUGCUCUAAAUGAGAACAAUUGGAACCUGACAUUAGGCCUCGAGCGCAUGCUAUAGUCUUAAAUCGUGUUUGUGAGUGAUGUUCUCUUGUAUUUCGUGUCAUGCAGAGGUCGUGUUGUCCUCGUGGACUCUCAUUCACAAUCUGGAUUCUUUCCUCGUAGUUGUUUCAUUGUCUCGAUAGAUUUACCGCAUGCUUAUUCCGAGUGAAAAAGUGUUUUGUAUGAAAUUAUAUGAAUGUGUAGAACUUUUUAUUGUACUCAUGUUGAUUGAAAUUGUGCUUAUAUGUUAUGGUAAUGUUUUGAAUAAACUUUAAAAAUAGAAGAAUUUCUAAAUGAGUCGUCAAGAGAAUUAUGUCAUCUUAUGCCAGCUUGAUUAUUUCAAACAAAUUUGACAUGAACGUUAAAUCUGAAAAAUCAUUCAACUGCUUUCACUAUGACAUUAGCCGAACAAUGUUAUUAAACAGUUAUAAUAACAAGCCAUGCGUAGGCUAUAUGUUCAAAACAGAGUCCGUAUUCUGCGCAUCUAACAUUCCCCCAUUCUCAUGAUUUAGUGGCGGGAGCAAAAGACUAUUUUCUCCUGUGUUUUGGUUAUAUUGUUGUUCGUGGGCAGGACUCAAAUGUCUUUACAGGCUCCAGUGGCAUGCCGCAGUCUUCACGGAGUCAAACUUUUGCUUUUUCACCGCCCACAUGUUGUAAUGUCGUGUGUGACAUUGUCAUUGAUAUUUGAUAUGGCUUGUUUUAAUGCUCAAGCACAUAACUGUAGGCAGGAGAAAAAGGCAAACGUGAAAAUCAAUUCGGGGAUUCCUUAUCGUGCCGUUUUAAUCGGCUCUGUGAACUCAAAUGAUGCUUCGUUGAAGGAGAAAGGCUGUCGUAACGGAUUGUUUCUUUAAUACGCCUAAUCCUUUCCACUGAUAAUAAAGUCUUUCAUUCCCCAAAAGGUCGACUUCGAGAGGACAAUGAUAAUGGUCACUUCCUUUAGUUUGGGCUGUUAUUCGAACAGAAUCAAUUCCAGCACACUCUUUUCAAGGUUAAAGCCGCAUUCCCCAGUUCAAACAAGAGUCACACCGAACACAAUCGGUCAAACGGUGUAGCCUAAAUACAAAACACAAAAUACAAACGGGUGUUGGCUUGUGUGUGUCGCCACUUAUAUUCUUCUUACAGCGACUCUAAUCGAGCAGAAUGAACAUUUAUGACUUCGAGAAGGAUUGUAACUACGUUCUGACAGAUCAUGAUUGAAGCAUUUUUAUUUCUGUUAAUUUCUGAAAUUGCCUGAAAAUCAAGUUUUAUUGAAAUUGCACUUCCAUAAAAAAUGCCAUUUAUAAAUGUCGAAUACAGAAUAGAAAAAUAGAAAAUUAUUCUGAAACACCUAAAAUGUCAAUUGGUUAUAGUAAUAACUUUCAAAUGUACCUAAAUAGUAGCCUGUGUUAUUUUAUUUGUAUUGCCCUAUCCAUGACAUCCCGGUAUUGUCCGCAAAUUGAGAACGUCUUCUCAACGGGUUAAUCAAUCACUGAUAUGCGGUGAAACCACAGUGUGUACUAUUCGAAUAGCUUAUGAUAAGGAAACAAUGCAUGUCAUUUCAACAUGUUUAAUUACUCCUUCAGGAUCAAUCUUCUUCAGUCUUAAACGUCUCUUUCAAAUGAGCCAGUCCAAUAAUGAUCAUAUGGUAUCGAUUAGGCCUAUAAUAGCGGGUUCUUAUUGUUU